AUGAGCAAGGUCCAAACCCCUAACGUCCUUGUCGUAGGCGCAGGCUCCAUGGGAAUGGUUGUGGGCUACUUCCUCACCCGGGCCCACGCCCAAGUAACCUACCUUGUCCGCCCCAACCGAGCAGAGGAGCUGGAUCGAACACAACAGCUCUACUGCUACGACGAUAACAGCCUGAAGCACUACCACAGCUACAAGGUCCUCACCGAUCCGUCAGAAAUCAGCAAAGAAAGCUACGAAUACGUGAUCGUUGCGCUGGAUGCUGCCUCGCUACAAAAUGAGGAGGGCAGAGCCCUUGUCCGCUCCAUGGGCGCCGCAUUCCGCGAUACAAGCACGAAAUUCGUGCUGGGGACCGUCGCGAUCGGGAUCAGGGACUGGUUCCUGGAGACCUCCGGCCUCGAUGCGACGCGUGUCACCCUCGGGCUCAUGCCGAUCCACGCGUAUCCUACGGAUCGCGCGAUUCUCGAGGUCCAUGCGCCCACGAAUCCAGCGCUGAUUGUACAGGCGGAUGUGGCCUAUACUGACCGGAUGGGCGCAGGCUUUGUUGUUCUUGAUACUGCGCCAGAGGUCGCGAAGCCAUUUGCCGAGCUGUACAAUCAAUGCGGGGUGUCGACCGCCUCUGUCGUGCCUGAGCAGGAUACUAUGACGAACGUGGACUCGCUGCUCGCGGUGAUGGUGGCUAGCGAGCUCGUGGAUUGGCCUCGUUUGGCAGAGUUGCCGGCGCACAAGGAGCUUUGGGGGGUUACGACUGCUGCGGUGAAGGAGAUUCGCUCCCUCGGUGUGCACGGUGAGCCUGGGCUGCGGGCUGCGGAGUCCACUACUGAGGAAUCUCUCGCGAGAUCGAUGAAGGUGUGGGAGAAGAGUAUGUUGCCGUUUGAUUUACAGGGCUUUAAUCAGUUUCAUCAUGGAGCGAAGGUGAAGAAGCAAGAUCGGCUGCAUUUACGCACCUGCGUCUCCAUUGGUGAAGCGGAAGGCAAGCCGAUGUUAGGGCUGAAAGAUCUGCUGGGCAGAGUAGAAAGACACGACCAGGAAUAA